AUGAUCGCGCGAUCGGCGAAGCACGCCGUCCGCCACAUUCUGACGAGGCGACAGAUCCAGAGGUCCCGGGAGGCAGUGAAGCAGUCGCCGCGCUACUUUGGAGGCAAGUGGCAGCGCUCGGCUGCAGAGGAGGGUCCGGACUUCCGGUUGCAGCGCUUCUGGGCCAUGGACAGCGUGGCGAGCCUGGAGUCUCUGAAUGGCCAGGUAAUUGCACAGGAGGCGCAGCUCAUUGAGGCUGACCCUGCCUCGGCAAUCGCGCCGGAAGCGCCCAUCCCGCCGAUCCCGCCCAUGGCACCACUGGAGCCUACACCGCAGUUUGCGGAGGAGCCCGUGGACCACAACAAGGGCAAGGACAGGAGCAGCUUCCGCAUUCGGAACGCCGACUUCGAGGACGAGGUGCAGCUCAUGAUCUGUGCUUUGCAGCUGCACCCAGAGGCCCUGAACUACCAGGCAACCCAGAGUUUACCCCACACCGCCCUGGAGCGGCUCUCAGCCUUACGCCUGGGCUUGCUGCACGUGGUGUCUUGGGUCCGCCUGGCGGCCGCCGCCCAUGAGCUCUACGUUUGGCAUGCUCCUGCGUCCCAAGCAGACAGCUCCAGGGGCAAGGAUCCUUCCCGGACCUCCUCAGUGUCCACAGCGUGCUCGCAGGUGGAAGGCAAGGAGCUGGAUGGGGCACUGCUGGCCAGUCUCCUAAGUAGCCUGGGGCAGCGGCUCUUCAACGUCGGCCGCCAGUCCGCGACGGCUUUGGUGAGGGCCGUGGCAACCCAGCUGCGCAUCUCGCUGCCCAAGGACUUCCUGUCCCGGGUGCGGAUCCACAACAGUGGGCUGAGCUCCCUUCCGAUGCGCGUGCCGGGGAAGCCGUGGGAGACCGGGGGCCCGGGCCCCCGGCUGCGGUGCAGCAUCCGGCAGUCCACGCACACGAGGUCAUGCCUGAGCUUCGCGGAUGCCGUGGGGGAAGCGCUCCAGCCAAGCAUGCAGAGCUCCCUGGCUCACGCGAUGCCGCCCAGUGCCUCGUCCAAGCUGGCGGCCGAGCUCGUGAACCAGGACCUGUCGCUUGCCGGGCGCUGGCACCGAGGUCUGGUGUUUCGGGGCCAGUGCUCGCCUCCCGGGCAAGAUGCCGGCUUCCACGUGCCCGAGGGCAUGGCCCCAGGCUCCGGGCCGUGGCAGGACAUGCUGUCGAGGAGCUUCGCUACUGGAAGCGUGGCACUGCAGCGUCCAGGUGCCGCGCAGGACCACUUCCGGCUGAAGCAGAAGAUCUGCCGUUGCAGGGCCUUGCUGAAGUGCGUGCAGACGCUCUUGGUGGCGGAUCAUCCUUCGAAGUUCAAGGCUGGCCCCGUGAACGGGGAGGAGGAUAUGGACAACCGAGGGGUGCACAGUGACAAUCCCGAUGCUGCGGCGAAUGAUGCCGACGACCCGCAGCAGGCCUUCAGCUACAAGAAGAUCGUCGUGCUGGCCGGGCGGGCUCUGCAGACGGUCGCCAACCUUCUUGGAGAGCUCGGCGGAAACUGUCCGCCGGAGCUCUUUGUGGCCUUGUUUGCCCUACGGGGCUACAUCUGCGAGCGGGAGGGUGACGUCGACGCCUGCUACUUGCACUACCUUCAAGCUCUGGCCGCCCUGGACGAUGCCUGGGGCGAUCCCAGGAGGCCCGGGUGCCAGGGCCACCCCUACGCCCUCUUCCUGCUCUGGAAGCUGGGCCUGAUCUCCUACGCCAGGAAGGACCUCCUCAGCAUCUCAAAGUUCGGAGACUACUUCCGAGCUCUCCUGCUCUUCUACGGAGGCGACAGCCCCUUCUCCUGGGGUCCCGCCGCCCUGGCAGAAGAGCAGAGGCCUCUUCUCGAUUCGGAGAGGGGCGGCCAAGAGGCACUCCACCACAGCGAGGCCCUGAUCUCCAGGUGCUUGGGGGCUUGGUGGCACCGCCACGACAUCCUAGACUUUGGCGACGAGGGCUUCCCUCCAUCCUUGCAGAUGUCCUACUGGCAGGCGCCGGGGAAAGAGCGGGAGGUCCAACGGGACAGCAACAGCGGCAUUGCCGGAGACCGCCAGGAUGUCUGGCGGGGGACCGUCUUCACCUUUGGCUUCAAUGAGCUGGGCCAGCUCGGCAUCGGGGCCAGUGCCCCAUCGAGCUCGGGCCCGACAAGCCGGGACUUGGCCUGGAGCGGCUCACCUGUUCGGGUGGUGUCCUUCAAGGACCUUCGGAUCAAGGACGUGUCGUGUGGGGAGGCCCACUGCCUGGCCUUGGACAUGGAGGGCCAACUUUAUGCUUGGGGCUUCGACGAGUUCAGCCAGGCUGGUGGCCACUCCUCGCUCGAGGUGGACGUGCAGGAGGUGCUAGUCUCGAGCCCCCUGGCCUCUCCCCGAGCUCCGCGCGGGAAGGAAGAGGCCGGUGGCGGCAGCUGUAGGAUGGUGCCCAUGCCCCACCGGCUUCCCACCGAUUCCAUCAGCUUCGUGGGCAUCGCGUGCGGCGCGCAGUUCUCGCUGGCCCUGGACACGGCGGGUGGCGUCUGGAGUUGGGGAAAUGGUGAUGGAGGCGUCCUGGGACUGGGAGCCGGCUCCCUCUGCUGCCACACUCAGCUGACCCGGAUACCGAUCUACUCCGAGGGGACCGACAGCCAAGAGUGCUGCAAGCUGGUGGCGUGCGGCUCCUACCACUCCAUGGCAGUGUCGAGAGCGGGCCUGCUGUACAGCUGGGGUCGAACUGAAGGAGGGCAGCUGGGUCUGGAAGAAGACCAGAUCCAGUCGCACAUCGACUCGCUUGGCCUGGGAGAUACAUGCGUCUGCACGCCGACUGCAGUGGCUUUCCCCAAGCAUCCAGAGACGGGCGAGGUCAAGAUCGCCCAGGCUGCUGGUGGGGAUGUGCACAGUUUGGCCUUGGACUCUGAAGGCGGCGUUUGGUCCUGGGGUUGGGGCGAGUUUGGGCAACUGGGCCUUGGCUUCUCCUCCUCCUCCUUUCAGGCGGGUGUGGGGGGUGCCUCCUCACGACGGCCGACUCCGCAUCAGAUCCCGGCAGAGUACUUGGAGGGUAAGGUGCUUUUGGUAGCCUGCGGCGGGGCCUUCUCUGCUGCAUUGGUGGCUGGGGAAAUGAGCGAAGGCGGGCAUCUCCUCAUGUGGGGUGCCAAUGACGUUGGGCAGUGUGGCUUGCCGGCCAAGAAGCCCAUCGACAUUGCGGUGCCCAAAGAGGUGCCGGGCCUCCGCGGCAUCCUGCUCCGUACCGUGGCCUGCGGCACCACCCAUGCCGUGGCCAUCGACAUGGGCGGCCAGGCCUUCUCAUGGGGCUCGGCGCACUACGGGAAGUUGGGCCGCCUGGACCCUCCCAAGCAGUGGUCUUCCGCGCCGAUGGUGGAGGAACCUGCGGAGCCCGGGGUCAUCCGGAGCCUGGCGCGGCUGAGGAUCUCCAAGGCCUCCUGUGGCUUACACCACACGCUUCUGGCCACCGAGGUCCGCCGGAGGCGCGCAGAAGCGAGCGAGGAGGCGUCCACGGGCAGCUUCUCCUCUUCCAAGAUCGAUCUGUCCAUGUCCGUGGUCUAG